AUGCAGGGCGUCGUACGAGCCGGUGCGCGCGCAGCAGCACGCUCGUCCCGCCAGAUAGUUGCGGCUUCUGGUCGACGGACCCUCCCUCGCGCCCUCGUCGCCAGCACCACACCGAGCCGCCUGUACACGACGGGCGACGGCCAGAAGUCGUCCGUCUACGCCGCCUUCCUGAACCUGCUCGCCAGCGCCAGCUCCCGCAGGGAAGUCGACCAGUACCUCGGCCAGUUCCGCUCCGUCAAGCCGCACCAGUUCGCCGUAGUCAAGGUAGGAGGCGCCAUCCUCACCGACUAUCUCGAUGAGCUGUGCUUCGCUCUGCAGCAGCUGCAUGCUAUUGGCCUGUACCCCAUCAUCGUCCACGGCGCUGGCCCCCAGAUGAACCAGACGCUCCUGGACUCGGGCGUAGAGCCAGACUUCAUCGAUGGCAUCCGAGUUACAGACAAGAAGACGCUGGGCAUUGCGCGCAAGCUCUUCCUCGAGGCAAACAUGGACCUGGUCAUGACGCUGAAGAGGAACUGGAACGUCCCUGCACGUCCCAUCACCGCCGGUGCUCUGCAGGCAGACUACCUCGACAAGGAGAAGUGGAAGUACGUCGGCAACAUCACCAAGAUCAACCCCAGGGCCAUCAUGGAUGCCAUCGAGAACAAGGAACUGCCCAUUCUGUGCUCCAUGGCUGAGACCGAGGAUGGCCAGAUCCUCAACGUCAACGCCGAUGUCGUCGCUGCCGCUCUCGCCCGCGAGUUCGAGCCCAUGAAGGUCAUCUACUUGUCCGAGAAGGGUGGCCUGUUCAACGCCGAGACUGGCAAGCUCAUCUCCCACAUCAAUCUGGAGGGCGAGUACGACAGCUACCUGAAGCAGCCUUGGGUCAGGUAUGGCACCAAGCUCAAGAUUGUAGAGGCGAAGAAGCUCUUGGACGGUCUUCCUCGCACGUCGAGUGUCGCCAUCACCCACCCUCAAAACCUCGGAAAGGAGCUGUUCACACACACCGGAGGCGGCACCCUGAUCCGCAACGGCGGCAGCGUCAAGGAGGUCAGCAAGUUCGAGGACCUCGACGUCAAUGUUCUGUCCCAGGCAUUGGCUAGGGAGCACGGAGGCGCCGAGGCCAGCAACGCGGUCAGCAAGUACAUUGAGAACCUCAAGACACGCCCCUUCGAGGCGUUCUUCGACGAUGCCAUGGGUGUCGUUGCCAUUGUAUACCCUCCCGGAAAGGACGGCGAGUUUGCUCAGCUGUCCACUUUCACAACCACAAAGGACGCUUUCCUCACCAACGUUUCGGAUCUAGUGUUUGAGCGCAUGAAGCAGAAGUACCCCAAGAUGUACUGGGUCGUUGAGAGCCAAGAGCAGAACCUCGUCAAGUGGAAUCUCGAGAAGACUGAUGGUUUCCUCCGCCGCGAGAAGGAGAUCUUCUGCUGGUGGGGAUCCGCAGAGUCUUCUGAGAUAUUCGGUCUUCUGGAGAGCUACUCAAAGCAGGGUCGCUCCAUUCUCAAGGACAGCUUGGAGUCGCAGUUCAGGAGGGCAGCAGACUUUGUCGCAGGCUUGAAGCAGGGUCAGCAGACUCGUAGCUUCUCGACCAUUGCUGGAUCACGAACAAUGGGUCAGUCUUCCAGGCCGUCGUUGCGAGAGAGCAAGAUCGCACCAGCUGCAUCCUGUGGUUUUGCAACCACCGCAUCACUCUCCCAAGAUUCCACCAACCCUAACCCACCCUACGGCAACAAAUUUGCAAGCAAGGAUUUUCCCUCCAAGGUCGCACUCAUUGGUGCCCGUGGAUACACUGGUCAGGCACUCAUCGACCUUCUAAACAAGCACCCCAACAUGGAUCUGCGCCACGUGUCAUCGCGUGAGCUCAAUGGCCAGAAGCUCGAGGGCUACACCAAGCGCCAAAUCACAUACGAGAAUCUCUCGCCUGAUGACGUUGAGCAGCUGGCCAAGAAGGGCGAAGUGGACUGCUGGGUCAUGGCUCUCCCCAACGGUGUUUGCAAGCCUUUUGUAGAUGCCAUUGAGAGAUCUGGUAACCAGGAGUCUGUCAUUGUAGACCUGAGUGCAGACUACCGAUUUGACGACAAGUGGACUUACGGUCUCCCUGAGCUGAUCCCCCGCCGUAAGAUUGAUGGCGCCACGCGGAUAGCCAACCCCGGCUGCUACGCGACUGCCGCUCAGCUUGGUAUCGCGCCUCUUCUCGAAUUCAUCGGCGGCCAGCCCACCGUCUUCGGUGUCUCUGGAUACUCAGGAGCAGGCACAAAGCCCAGUCCCAAGAACGAUGUGAACAACCUCACCAACAACUUGAUUCCUUACAGCUUAGUAGACCAUAUCCACGAGAAGGAGAUAUCGAGGCAACUGGGUACUGAGGUAGCGUUCAUCCCUCACGUCGCUGUUUGGUUCCAGGGUAUCCACCACACCAUCUCCAUCCCUCUUAACCGCACAAUGACCUCGCGCGACAUUCGCAACCUGUAUCAAGACCGCUACGCCGGCGAGAAGCUGGUCAAGAUUGUCGGCGAGUCGCCGCUCGUCAAGAACAUCUCCGGCAAGCACGGUGUUGAGAUUGGUGGCUUUGCUGUCCACAGCUCAGGCAAGCGUGUUGUCGUCAACGCUACCAUUGACAACUUGCUCAAGGGUGCUGCGACACAGUGUCUGCAGAACAUGAACUUGGCGCUCGGAUACGGCGAGUACGAGGGCAUCCCUUACUAG